AUGGAGCUAGUGAAGGCGACCAAGAAGACGAAGGCCGAGUGGCUCGCGCAGACUGUGCGUCUCGAGAAAAAGAGUUUCUCCAAGAGCGAUAGUCUCGGUCAGCGCUUGGUGGAGGAAGCCAUGAAGCCCCACAACACGUUAUUCAUGGCGAUGGAUACGAGCAAUGCGAUUGUUCUUGGCUACGUACUGUUCCGGCGCAACGGCACCGAAGGCCACGUUGACCGCAUCGCUGUAGCUGAGCACCACCGUCGACAAGGUCUCGCUCGGUAUUUGCUUCAGUCCGCCAUCGCGACUCUACGCACCAACAGGGCGACGACGUUCGUGCUCGAAGUGGAUACGACGAACGAGGGGGCAAUCGCACUAUACGAGUCGCACGGGUUCAAGCGCACAAGUGUUCGUGCCGACUACUACAAACCUGGUCACGACGCGCUACUCAUGGAGCUGCGUCUUUAG